GCAGAUAAGCUUUAACAAGCAAAGAUCCAAUUCUUUCCUUCUUUCCCUAAUUUCUAAAGCCCUAAAAAAACAGAAACCAAAUUCAGUCUGAUUUCUUCUCAAAAUCAAUAAAAAAAAUGUUGAAGCACCUGACUAAUACGGUUAUCGGUCAACACCUGCGAUCCUCCGCCGCCGUCGGCGGUGCUUCCCUGCGGCGGAUGUACCACGAGAGAGUGGUGGACCACUACAACAACCCGAGGAACGUCGGAUCGUUCGACAAGAACGAUAGCAACGUCGGCACGGGUCUUGUUGGAGCACCGGCGUGCGGUGACGUCAUGAAAUUGCAGAUUAGGGUUGAUGAGAAGAGCGGCAAAAUUGUUGAUGCUUGUUUUAAGACCUUCGGCUGCGGCUCCGCCAUCGCCUCCUCCUCCGUCGCAACUGAAUGGGUGAAAGGUAAACAAAUGGAGGAAGUCCUGUCUAUCAAGAAUACGGAAAUUGCAAAACAUCUAUCUCUUCCACCAGUGAAACUACAUUGCAGCAUGCUAGCAGAGGAUGCAAUUAAGGCAGCUGUAAAAGAUUACGAGGCAAAGCGUUUGAAAUCAAACGGGCAUGAAGAGAAAGCUGCCGAUGCUUGAGAAUAUGCUUUAGGCAUGCAUUUUCUAAUCAAUGUCGUUAUAUGUUUGUCCUCUAUAAAAAAUCUGUUAGUCUUUGUUUUAAUGUGCUCUGUUUUAACGGAGAAUACUGGUUAGUGCAAUUGUUUUUUCUGCUGCAUCUACCAGCAGGCGCAGAUUACGUCUGUAUUCGUUUGUGGAAUUGGUCUUUUCUUUUUGAAGACGUGAAAAUGUCAAUGUUUUUUUUAUUUAUUCCCAGACUAAGUCUAUUGUAGAUUAUUUGACUUUUUCUGCUUAUGGUGUAUAACAUAAAUUAUUGCAGAUUUUGAUAUUCCUUUUGACU